ACAAAAUGGCCGACAAAGAUAGGGAACAGCUACUCUAAAUCUCCCGGUUUUGAUCUAGAUAAAUCGAUAUCACAGGAUAUUGAAGCUACAUAGAAUAAUGUCACAGCCAAGCAGGAUUUUACCGCAAAGUAAAGAGAAUCUGCUUAAGUCUUACACCAAACGCUUGAAAGAUGAUGUGAAGUCAAUUCUGGAUAACUUCACCGAAAUCAUUAAAUCUUCAAAGGUUGAGGAGGAAAAACAGGUAUCACGACUGACACAGUCAGCCCAAGAUCAAUAUGAAGUUAAUGUCAGGGCAGCCAAUAUUGUAAGGGCUGGAGAAUCUCUUUUGAAGCUGGUUUCAGACAUGAAAGAAUUUCUAAUGUUGAAUGAUUUUCCAUCUGUAAAUGCCACCAUCUCUGAGCGAAGCAGCACUCUUCAAGACAUGACAAAUCAGACAGAUCAACAACUUUUGAACCUAAAACAAGAACUAGCUCUCAAUUUAUAUGAACUGGAACAAUCAUACUACUCAUCUAGUUACAGAUAAAAUGUGUACAACUUUCUAAGCAAUUAAAAGUGUUACUGUUCUGUGCCAUUCUUGAAUAUUCUCCCUGCAGGUUUUUAAUUUGAUUGUGGGCAGACAAGCUGGUUGGUGCUCAUCAAAAUAUGAUACUAAGAUUCUAGGACUAAUUUGAGUGUAAGAAUUACAUGUACAUACAAAUCAGGAAAAGUGCUUUAUUUAGUAAGCAUGGUAGACUGGAAGUUAAUUUCUUUGCUGAUGGAUAUGAAAUGUGUACACAGCUCUUUUGGAUACAGGGAGCACUAUAAUUUCAAAAAAUUCCUGUAACUUCCCCAAGUGAUAGGGACUGGUUCUUAAAUUUCUGUUCAACCUUGUAUAGAAUUCACUCGAGCGACUACCCUAAAUUAAAAGUUUGUUUUCAACAGUUGCA